AUGGUCCGCGGAAGCCAGAGACAGGAAAUCCAAGACUUGGCCAAGAGAGCGAAAGACACGGAUUUGUCCGGAGACCAACGAAACAUUUCGUCUCAACUUUUUUUCUGUGUGUCUCUGUUUGUGUGUCCCCUCCGCGGCUCUACCUCUCUCUCCCUCUCUCUCCCUCCGUCGCGGGCCAACAACCUCUCCUAG